UACACACUGUAUGAUCAUAACUCUCGCUAUAUGUGACAUCUUUAAAAGUGUGAAAUAAUUUUCUAUGGAUGUUUGCAAAUAAUACUAGACCGCUUUUUAGCGAUAAGACCGCCUAUUUUACAGUACGUAUGGCCCUUGAUAUUUUCAAUAUAUAUCGUUACGUAAUGUGCUAAUUAUCGCACAAGUCCGGUAAAGUCGCACCAUAAAUGUACCUACUGUUAAAGAGUAUUUCUAUUGUAUUGAUACUAAAACGAGGAUACGGGAACGGGGAACGCAUUUGCAUUAAGUUGAAUGUGCAAGUCUUUUCCAGUGCAUUUAUACAUCCUUCGUAGUUGUCGCGCAGGGCGGGCGGGCAUCGGCGAGGGCGGCGCGCGCGCUCCAGUCCACUUCCGCUCGCCGGCCGCGAUAACUACUGCCCACUGCCCAACUUAACUACUUCCAAACUUACCUCGUUACCGACUUCAAGUGUUAUCUAAUUCUAAAAUUAGAACAUCAAAACAACAGUUAUCUAUUCUACAAAUAAACACCAAAUAGUUGAAAGGUUUUAGGGACAUUCUGUAAACAGUUUGUUGGAAAUUCUCCUUUCAUGAGAUAGUGAGUUCGAGGUAUGGCUGAUAAGCUCCAUGAAUACCAGGGGGUAACAGGUCGGCUGCACGGGGUUAGGGAUAAGUGCAAAGAAAAGUGGUCGCAAUGGAAAGAGGAACAUCCAAAAGGAGUGAAGGAGACUUUUAAGGAUUCACUGUUUGGGAUUCCUCAUUCUGAAGGUCCAGGGAGAGUCUGGCAGGAAAGCGUGUACAGCGACAUAUUCAGAAGGAAAAGUCGGAUCGAGCUGAUGAGGAUAUCAGCAGCCGUGAUGGGCAUCGAGUUCUCAUACGCAGGCGAGACCGCGUUCGUCUCCCCGACCCUCCUCCAGAUCGGGGUGCCCCACCAACAGAUGACGCUAGUGUGGGCCUUGUCCCCACUUGUGGGCUUCUUCAUGACGCCGCUGCUGGGCUCUAUCAGUGACCGGUGUCGCUCGCAGUUCGGAAGGAGAAGGCCGUUUAUUGUUAUGAUGUCUAUUGGCGUUUUAUUAGGGCUAAUAUUAGUGCCAAACGGCGAAGCCAUAGGAUACGCGCUUGGCGACGAGAGGCCAGCCAAUCGCACGGAAGCACCCUCGGUGCUUGGCCCACGGAGUUCCAUCCUAGACUCCACCGACACCAACUAUCAUCCCUGGGGCGUGUUAUUUACGGUGCUUGGAACCGUCUUUUUGGAUUUUGACGCUGAUGCCUGCCAAAGCCCCGCGAGGGCUUAUUUGUUGGAUGUUACGGUGCCAGAGGAUCAUGCAAAGGGACUUAGCACAUUCACGAUAAUGGCCGGCUUAGGCGGCUUCAUGGGCUACGCCCUCGGCGGCAUUAACUGGGAUGAAACGCGAUUAGGGGAGCUGUUUGGAGGCCACGUCAGAGCAGUGUUUUCACUGAUUACCGUGAUCUUCGUGGCGUGUGUGACAGCCACCGUUACGAGCUUCAAGGAAAUUCCUCUCGGGGAACUGCAGGAGCAGGAGGAGUUCAGGAAGCUGGCUGAGACGGAGAGGGUGCAGGAGAGCUUUGAUGCUGGAGACGAGCCCGUGAAAAACUUGAAGCGGGACAAUACAACGUAUGGCUCAUUGAAUCAACCGGCUGAGGGAGAUGACCAGAAUGGUACAAGCUGCAACGUACCCGAAAGCAGUCACGGCGAACACUUGUCUCUGCGGCACUACCUCCGCUCCAUCGUGGUGAUGCCGUCCUCACUCCGCGUGGUGUGCCUCACUAACCUGUUCUGCUGGAUGGCACAUGUCUGCUACUCACUGUACUUCACUGACUUCGUGGGUGAAGCGGUGUUCGGUGGGAACCCUGCUGCGCCAGUAGGCUCCGAAAGCCGUGUGCAGUACGAGGCUGGAGUGCGCUUUGGGUGCUGGGGCAUGGCUAUGUACUCGCUGUCAUGCGCCUGCUAUUCCACCGUUAUCGAAAAACUCAUCAAGAGACUGGGAGCUAAGAAAGUGUACGUCGGUGGGCUGUGCACGUACAGCUGCGGGAUGUUUAUGCUGUGCGCGAUCAGAGCGCGCGCAGCCGUCAUACUAUUUAGCUGGACAGCGGGCGUCAUGUACUCCACGCUUUUUACUAUGCCCUACCUAUUGGUGGCACAUUAUCACGCCACGGGCACGUGGGACAGCGCCGGCGGCGGCAGUGGCGACGCUCGCGGGCUUGGCACGGACGUGGCAGUGGUGAGCAGCUGUGUGUUCGUGGCCCAACUGCUGGUGUCGGUGUUGAUGGGCUUGGCCGUGAGCGCCUCCGGCUCCACCGCCGCCGUGGUAGCCGUCGCCGCCGCGCUGGCCGCCGCCGCCGCCUUCACUGCGACUAAGAUCACUUACUUAGACCUAUAAGAUUGUUAACGCAUAAGCAUAAAAGCUGUAUUUGAUAUAGACGUCGGCUGGGAAAGCAGUUACUUAAUUGUACGUAAUACGGAGUCCAUAUUCGAAGGCCACUCUUAUAGCCAAUUAAACUUGUAAGUUGGCUAAGACCAACUAACAAGGCUGUGAAUGUGGCUUAUUACUAGCUUAAGAAACACUUAUACCGGAGGAAUUCAAUCAGAAAUUCUACAACUUUGACUAUUCUGACACUCUUUCAACAAUAUAAACUCUGCGAUCAAAGUAACUCCAUUCCACAGUCCAUAAGUACCUAAACGAAGUCCUGUUAAUGCUUCGGAUUUAGUAUUUACGCUGCUUAUGUCUUGGUUCUGAAAUACGAUAGUAAAAUUAAAUAAUUUCAGGGUUUCUGCUUUAAGCCGAAAAUGUGCUAGAACUAGAUGCAAACAAACUCACAUUAUUAGAAUUCUUGGGAACAUGUAGCAGCUGCAACUAACAAGGAAAGGUACCCAACUGUCCGGUUCCGAUUUGAUUUAUAUUUAUAUAUGUUAUAGAGUAGUCUAAAAUAACGGACAAGUAUUUUUUUUAGCUGCCCAAACUCAACCUAUUGGGAGAAAUUGUCCUCCAAAGUACUAAAACGUUACUAAAUCUUCUAACUCCUAUAGAAAGUGAUGCUCAAGCAACUUGCUAGUUAAUGGCUUGUUUGAGUAUAUGUUUGAGAACAGGAAAAAAUAAUGUACAUGUGUUUUGUUAUAUCUGCUUAAACUCAAGUUUUCCUAAAAAAACAUCCGUCUUUAUGUCUAACUUUAGCGAUAAGAUAUUAUAAAACUUCGAAUGUCGAUUGUUUUGUCGGUCUAGCAACAAGCACUUAUGAAUAGUAAGACAGUAUUACAUAUAAUUAUCUUAAUCUAAUUAUCAGAGCAAUUUAUUGAUGUUGUAAAUAUUAUUCCAUAUAUAAUACUAAUGAAUAUAAUUCAUAGAUCAAAUUUAAUACUAAAACUUUCACAAAAUAUAGUCAUACAAAAAAAAAUGUAUAAAAAAUACUAGUCUAGAUUGUUUCUAGAAUAAAUUCUAAAUGUCAAACAAAUAUAAUAAAAACAACAAAGGAAAUACAUGCAUUGGAAUAUCCAUUUCAUCAUCAUUAUUCAAAUAUAAUAAAUAAUUAAUCAUUUCGAAUCACAAUUGAUCCCACGUUGUUUUAUCAUUCAUGUAGUCUUGUGUGGUAUAAUAAGCUUUAGAAAUAAGUUUACGCUUUACAUGAUUCUUAAAUUUAUUAAUUGGUAACUCAGUAAUAUGGUUUGGAAGUUUAUUAUAAAAUCUCACACAAUUACCCAUGAAUGAUUUUUUAAUUUUAUGGAGCCGAGUGAAGGGCACGGCGAGCUUAUGUUUAUUUCUAGUAUUAAUAUUAUGAAUGUCACAAUUUUUCUUAAAAUAGGCAAUAUUUUUAUGCACAUACAGAAUAUUCUCAUAAAUGUAUUGACAGUGCACUGUCAGGAUGUCAAUUUCCUUAAAUUUAUCUCUCAGUGAGUCUCUAUGGUUCAUUUUAUAUAUUGCUCGAAUAGCCCUCUGCAGAACAAAAAUGGUAUUUAUCUCUGAAGCACCACCCCACAGUAAAAUACCAUAUGACAUAAUGCUAUGGAAGUAACUAAAAUAUACUAAUCGAGCUGUUUUGACAUCAGUUAUUUAAUUUAAUAUUUGCGAAUUCGACUGUAAAAAGUCCACACUUAGUCCACUUAGUUUACUUUCUAAGCAAUCUGCGUCAAAUCUACCUCUGUGUUAAUCCUAGAAUCGCAUAUUUCUGCUAUUCGCUCCGUUCGCUUGCAAGACUUGCCAACACGGCAUCUUGUGCUGUUUGGGGCCUCAGCUCAUAACGUAUAAGAAUAUUUUUUAUUUUAUUUUCAGUACUAUUUCGGUAUAACCAUGUUUGUAUUAGAAAAACUCAGUCAUACUUAGUUUUAAACACGAAUAAAUUUUAAAUGCAGUUAUAUUUAAAAUUCUCAUGUAGUGAUAUUUUACUCUCAUAAAUCUUUUUCAGUAGGUAUUUCCAAUUAAACAAUAAGAGAGUUGGAAGGAAAAAAAUCAUAACUUGUGACUCUCGAUUCCAAUUACAAACAUUAUUUAUUGGGUUGGGUGAUCUCUUACCUCACACUUAUACAAUAAAAACCUAGUAAUUAAAUAUACAGAAAUACAAAAAAAAACAUGUAUCGUAACAUAACACUAAUAUCAAUAUAUAAAUUCAUCACAAUAAAAUCAUUUAACAUUUAUUUACCCAUUUAUAACUAGAUAGUAACAAUUACUGAGGAUGUCGUUAGCAUGAAAGGACACCGAGGUCCAUUAAAGGAUUAUCUACCCUUCACAUACAUGUAAAUAUUGGUUCCAUAUAAUGCCUGAAAGCUGUUGUAGCUACGUAGAUAGUAUUUGCUCAUGUGAGUGAUAUUUCAUCCCGGUUCUGUUUUAAUUGUAUGGCUUUAUGUACUUAGGAUUAUAGUAAGAAUUAUUUAAUAUGUCCGAAUUGUAUGUAGUACAGUCGCCAUCAGAUAUAUUGGAGAGGCCGAGGUGCUCAGAAAUAUCUGAACACGCACUUUAACGCCUUGACAAUAGAGGUGUGUUCAGAUAUUUGUGAUCGCUCUGGCCGCUCCGAUAUUCUGAUGGCGACUAUACCUAAGCAAUGACUGAUUGAUUGAUGAGAUGUGUGAUGUCUAAGACAAAUUCGCUCUUCAUUUGCAGCAAGGCGAAACCGGAAAACUAGUUUUAACAUGAGAAAACGAGUUUCACUAAAAACUGGUUUUUACAAUUUACUAUUAAUGAUAAUUAUUACACAUCAAGGGAAUAGUAAAUCACCGAUGCGGUAUGUCAAAUAUCGUUCCAGAAAGUAUCCCGUAAAGAGACCCUUUUACCUAAUCAGAUAGCGGCAGCUUUGAACACCCCAGCCAUCCGGCUGACCGCGGUUUCCCGAACAACCCGACUUCUUUUCAUUUGGCUCUGGCAGUUCAUGUUAAAUGGACAAUAAAACCCAAUGUCCGCUUCGAAUUACCUAACCGUAUCGUGAACAAUAUCUCGGGUCAAAUAGGUUCUCCGGAACACUAGCAGAUGUUUUGCCCAAUACAAAUAUGUAGAUACAUUAUUUGUCGGUAUUGUGCGCUUCUAAUGGGGAGUAUUACUGCAAUGUUCUGCCAUCAGAGGGCAGCACUAGCACCUUUCUUAAACCAUAGAGUAACACGGUCCCUUAACUGUGUCAUGACAAGUUUCCACAGAUAAUAGAAUAUGACAUUGAUGCAUCAAGGCGGUUUGUUUACAAAGGGCCUACCGAGAAACGUGAAAAUCGAAAUUUAUUUAUCUGCCUCUUCAUCGCUCGAAUAUGCAAGAGUGAUAGAGAGGUUAUAUAGAUAACCAAAUUUCUUUCUUGUGUCGCGGUAGACCCUCAGAUUGUGAUGGAUUGUGGUAGUGGCGCCCCCUACGCAGAGUUUCCCCUAAUAUUCCCUAUUAUUUCUGCGUAAGUUAACAAGAUAUACUAACGCAUAAGCUAACCUAUAAGUAUUUAUACGAUUUUGAUCAUUUGUAUAAAUAACUAGGUAUAAACCGUUUGAAAAUGUUUGUACGCGGUAGUAAUUUAGUAGAAAUAUCAAAAAUUACAAGAGAUUCAAAUAUGUACUUACAUUAAUUUGCAUUAACUAACAUUUUUUCAGUAUUAUAGUCUUUUUGUUAAAAUAUAUUACCUUACAAAAGUCAGCUUCAGGUACCUAUAAAGCUGAUAUUCAACCAUGUAUAUAAUGUGUAUAGAUGUUAAUCAUAUUGUUACAGAGAAUCUGGAUGGUAUUUAGGUGAUGUUUACUUAUAUAGAAUAAUAUAAAAGUGUUCAAAUAUUUAAAACGUUUAAAUGGAAUUUAUAAACUAUAAAAAUCAUGCUAAGUUAGAAUUAAUUAAUUAAUUUACUUAGUGGAGCUAUGUAUGUUGCUGUAUAUAUAUUUUGCUAAAAUGAUUGGUGAAGGAAAUAAACACAGGAGCUUCCUAACAGACAUGAGUGACAUGACAUAUAAAUUUUACCUUUUCCGUCACGUGCAUUGGAUGCCUUAGUUAGGUACUACAUAUUUCUUGAGUAGGUAUACCUACCUACUUCUAUUUAUUGACCCUUUAUAAAAUUUUCUAUCUCGUACUUUGCUGGUAUUAUAUGUUGAUUAAAAAUUUCUUAACGUCCUUGAAAACAAACAGAGAAACGUUCAUAAGCUUACUAUACUCUUACUAGUAUUCUGAGAGCCUAGCCAAGAUGCCAAUAGUUUGCGCCGUAGCGAAUGAAACGGUAAUGUCUCUAUCACUCUUCCAUGUAAGUGUAGCAGAGAUAUAUAUUAGCGUUUUGGCGCUACACCGCAAAAAAAAAGAAAAGAGAAUGGCUUACACUACUUAUAGUCUAUGGAUUGGACAUGGGUCCAUGGUGGGUUAGGCAGGGCUUGAGUUUGCCGAUUGCAUGUUGUAAAUUUUAGGAUGAAAUCUAAAACUUAUGUCUCAGACAUUAUUAUAUCUGAAUCUGAAUUAAAACUUGACUUGACAAUAAUAACUUUAUCUUAUAAAUAAAUACACAGCACGCUGUCCUUGUAUAUAAAUAAAUGUGUAACAGGCUC